UGUAUGGCUCUUGGCGAGCUUGUUCUUCCUCUUCCUUACAAGCAGAGAACGACGACAAGACAGAAAGCCCGUGCCCUCGAGUCCGCGUGUCAGGAACCAGCAUUCAUUUGCGACAGAGAAGGAGCUCAGACUGUACUUCCAACACUUGCCAAUCGUAGUUAUGCAGCCUCCAAUGGGUUAUGGUCAGCCAUACGGUGCAACACUUCCAAGCUCCUUUGCUUCUCCAAUGGCUUUCCCUCCACCACCAGGGGAGGAAGAAGAGGAAGAAAGUGACAGUAUCGGCAAGCCCAAGGCCGUAGGGAUGUCACCAGCAGCUCAACGCACCGUCCGCCUGGUCACCGUGCUGACUGUCACGGCUGUGAUCAUCGGGGCCAUGUCCAUCGGUCUGGUGAUGGGGUACAGCUCCCUUAGGAACUUUCAAGAGGACGAGGAGGGCACCGACGAGACAUCGGGGCCCCAUCAUACAGAGAAGUGCGACUGCAAGAAGCCAGCUACAUGUCCCAAUAUUUUAAACCAUACAGUACCGGACUCUCAUCCGUCGUCCAAUUCCACAACGUAGACCACGACGCCGCCCCGAUCACGAUAAAGUGGACGAAAAAGUCGGGUUGAGCGCUGGUUACAGGAGCGGGCAUACCCGCCCUUUAAAACUUUGGUACUGUCCUGUGACAAUGCAAUCGUAGAAGUAAAUAAAAACUUGUAUAAACUUGUAAACUUG